AUGGCUUUUCAUUCAUAUAAAGAUGCUAUAAGAGCUUUAAAUACACUUCAAACGAAUUCUAAAGUGCUUAAAACUAUAGAAAAAUCUAAAAAAAUAUUAAAAAGUGAAUCAUUAUCACAAAUGAUUGAAUGGUUAGAUAGAAUAAGAUAUAAGAUUAAUGACAUUGAAAAAUUAAAUGUUAUUCACGUUACUGGAACUAAAGGAAAAGGAUCUACAUGUGCAUUUGUGUCAUCUAUCUUAGAAGAAUUUCGAUCUCGGUAUGGGAAACCAUUUAAAACGGGAUUAUAUACGUCACCACAUUUAAUAUCUGUAAGAGAGAGAAUUAGAAUUAAUGGAAUUCCUAUUUCAGAAGAAUUGUUUACAAAAUAUUUUUUUGAAGUUUGGAACCGUUUAGAAGAAACAGCUAUUUCUAAGAGAUUGGAUCCAAAGAUUAAACCAUCCUAUUUUGUUUAUUUGACGCUUAUGUCAUGGCAUGUAUUUAUUUCAGAGAAAGUGGAUACUUUAAUUAUGGAAGCAGGUAUUGGAGGAGAAUAUGAUUCUACAAAUAUUAUUCAGCGUCCUACUGUAACAGGUAUUACUAGUUUAGGGAUAGAUCAUGUUUCAGUAUUGGGUGAUACUAUUGAAAAAAUUUCAUGGAACAAAGCAGGGAUAUUUAAAGAAGGUGUACCUGCGCUAACUGUUCAACAACCGAUAGAGGCUUUAAACAUAUUAAAAAAAAGAGCUUUUGAGCGCAAGUCACCAUUUUCCGUUAUUAAUGUUAGUUCGGAUUUAAAAAAAAUUAAACUUGGUUUAUCUGCUGAUUUUCAAUAUAUUAAUGCGUCACUUGCACUUUCACUUGUUUCUCAUCAUUUAUUUCGUUUAAAUAUUUUAGAUGAAAAUAUUUCAUCUGGAAUAUCUGAUAGUAUAAAAGCAGGCCUUGAAAAAGCUUCAUGGCCUGGAAGAUGUCAAUUGUACAAAGAAAAUAAUAUCUCUUGGUAUUUAGAUGGUGCUCAUACACUUGAAAGUAUAAAAGAAGCUGUUAUUUGGUAUACAAAUUCUAUAUUUUUGUCAAAUAAUUCUUCUAAAAAGUCUAUUUUGAUAUUUAAUCAACAAACUCGAAAUGCUAUAAUGUUAUUAGACUGUUUAUAUAAUCAAAUGAUGCAAAAGAAAACGUGUAAAAAUCCUUUUGAUAUAAUAAUAUUUUCAACGAAUCUCACUUGGAAAGAUGGAACGUAUAGUCAAGAUUUGAUAAAUCUUAAUUAUUCUAUUGAGGAAUCCAAAAGCCUCAAAUUGCAGUAUAAUUUAAAAGAUCAUUGGAUCAAAUUAGAUAGUUAUGCAUCUAUCAAUAUUGCAAAAAGUAUAGAGGAUUCUGUAAAUAUAGUUCGUUCUCAUGCUUCUUUCUCUGAUGUUAAUGUAUUCGUUACUGGUAGUUUGCAUCUAAUCGGGGGGCUUUUAACAGUUCUUAAUGUUCCAGUGUCCUAA